CCCCAAGGAAAACUAUGGGGGUUGCUCACAUCCGUCGCUGGUGUUGGGCGAUAAAUUGAAUGGCAUGCAGGGAACCGAUUUAUCUUUAUGGGACUCAAAGUGCGAAUCACUGCUGAUAAUAUCCCUCUAGCUCCAACCUCAGGCGCCCAAGGCAGAGAUAUUCAGUGUGCCGACGACCGGACAAAGGCAUUGUUAGACCUUACCAAGCUCUUGCCAAGGACACAACACCAUGAAGCUACCAAGCGGAAAGGACUCUGGCAAAUCAAAGCAUCAGUCAGAUGUUGGCCUCAUCAGGGUGUUGUCACAGCAAAAGGAGCUAAGAACCAGACUCCCAUGGUACUAUGCGCCCUCCUUUCUACUCCUUUGGGUGGCGCUCUUCUAUGCCAUCGUGAUCCCACUCUACCAUCGACUGCCAAACGGCAUUAGCAUCAAGGAGGAGUCGCUCAGGCCCGGCGAGUUUGUGUCGGAGCGAGCACAGAGAUGGCUCUACAAAUACGAUCGCAUUGGACCCAAAGUGGUGGGCAGUGUGGCGAAUGAGGUGACAACGGUUGCCUUUAUUGUGGAUGAAGUGGAAAGUAUACGAACGGAAAUGCGCAGCAAUCUCUAUUAUCUGGAGACAGAUGUUCAGGCGCCCGCAGGUGCCUACAUGCACUGGCAAAUGGUGAACAUGUACCAGGGAGUCCAGAACGUGGUAGUCAAACUGAGCACCAAGAGCUCCAACAGUACAGCGUACCUUCUGGUCAACAGCCACUUUGACUCGAAGCCAAGCAGUCCAGGUUCCGGCGAUGAUGGCACCAUGGUUGUGGUCAUGCUGGAGGUGUUGCGUCAAAUGGCCAUCUCGGAGACACCUUUCGAACAUCCGAUUGUCUUUCUGUUCAACGGCGCCGAGGAGAAUCCCCUGGAAGCGUCUCAUGGCUUCAUCACCCAACACAAGUGGGCAGCCAAUUGCAAGGCUCUGAUAAACUUGGAAGUGGCUGGCAGCGGAGGACGCGAUCUGCUCUUCCAGAGCGGACCAAAUAACCCGUGGCUCAUGAAGUACUACAAUCAGAAUGCCAAGCAUCCGUUUGCCACCACCAUGGCCGAGGAGAUCUUUCAGUCGGGCAUCCUUCCCUCCGACACAGAUUUUCGCAUCUUUCGCGACUAUGGACAGGUGCCAGGUCUGGAUAUUGCUCAAAUCAGCAAUGGUUACGUUUACCACACGAAAUUUGACAACUUUAGGGCGGUGCCCGGGGACUCCCUGCAAAACUCUGGCGAGAAUGCACUCGCCCUAGUGCGCGCCUUUGCCAAUGCCAGCGAAAUGCAUAACCCAGAGGAACACAGCGAAGGCCAUUCCGUCUUCUUUGACUUUUUGGGUCUCUUUUUUGUGUACUACACGGAGACGACUGGCAUCAUCCUGAACUGCGUCAUUGCCGUGCUCAGCCUGGUGCUGGUGGGAGUCUCCUUGUGGAGAAUGGCCCGCGUCUCUGAGGUGACAGCUGGCCAGAUAUCCAUUUGGUUCGCCAUCAUUCUGGGUCUCCAUGUGGUGGGAUUCCUUCUCAGCCUUGGCCUGCCCCUGCUGAUGGGCGUGCUGUUCGAUGCCGGCGAUCGAUCGUUGACCUACUUCAGCAACAACUGGCUGGUGAUUGGCCUCUACAUCUGUCCAGCCAUGAUUGGCCAGGUGCUCCCUUUGUCCCUUUACUACACACUGAAACCCAACAAUAAAAUCAGUCACCCGAACCACCUGCACAUGAGUCUGCAUGCACACUGCGUCCUGCUGGCGCUGAUCGCCAUCAUUCUCACGGCAAUCAGUCUGAGGACGCCCUACCUGUGCAUGCUCUCGAUGCUCUUCUAUGCCGCUGCACUGUUGAUCAAUCUGCUGAGCACACUGCACGAUCGAGGCUACUAUUGGGUGCUGAUUGUGCAGCUGCUGCAGCUGAUGCCGUUCCUUUACUUCUGCCAUCUGUACUACAUGUUCCUCGUUGUGUUCUUUCCCAUGCUGGGCCGCUUCGGACACUCCAUCAAUCCCGAUCUCCUUGUCGCGCUGCUGUGUGCCUUGGGCACAUUCUUUGCCAUGGGAUUUGUGGCACCGCUGAUCAACAUGUUCCGCUGGCCGAAGCUAGUGCUGCUCGGCCUGGGCGUCGUCACGUUCAUAUUCAGCAUGAUCGCAGUCUCGGAGGUUGGUUUUCCCUACCGCGCCGAGACCAGCGUUAUGCGUGUGCACUUUUUGCACGUGCGUCGCAUCUUCUAUGAGUACGAUGGCGCCGUGAGCCUCAAUGACUCUGGCUACUACUUUGACUUCCAGGAUCGUCGUCUCUACUAUCCGCUCGAGGACACCUCGGUCAAUCUCACGGGUUUGGUCAGCACGGAGUCCGAUUGCAGCAAGUACCUGAUGUGCGGCGUGCCGUGCUUUAAUCAUCGCUGGUGCUCGACCCGCUCCAGCAGCCACUGGCUGCCCCGCGAUGAGCCCGUGGCCAUACCAGCUGCAACCUCAUUGCAGCUCUUGAGCAAAACCAUUCUAGAGUCCGGCAACGCUGUGCGCUACGAAUUCGAAAUGUCUGGUCCGCCACACAUGAGCUUGUACAUACAGCCGCUGGAUGGGGUCACUGUGGAGGAUUGGUCCUUCAUCCGCAACAUGCUGGACGAGCCCGACAAGUACUCGGCGCCUUACCACAUAUUCUUCUCCUAUGGCAGGGACAGCACUCCACUGAAGUUCCACAUUGAUUUUGCGAAAUCAUCGGGUAACUUUGAUGUGCCCGUCUUUGAGCUGGGAUAUUCGGCACACUUUCUCAGCUAUGACUUUGAUCGUGAUGCGGCGGGCUUGAAGUUCAUCAAAGAUUUUCCCGAAUUUGCACAUCCCAUGGAGUGGCCGGCGUUAUUUGUGCGCUAUGUCUUCUAAGUCCCUGAAACUCUUGUGAUUGUCUUCCCAUA